AUGGGUUUGAAAGUCGCAAUGCUUUUGUGUGUAAUGCUGGUGGCAUUCCAUUCGAUUAAUUGUCAGGAUGGAACGGGUGGUACCGGAGGUACUGGAGGCGGCACUGGUGGUACCGGAGGCGGCACUGGUGGUACCGGAGGCGGUACUGGAGGUACCGGAGGCGGCACUGGAGGUACCGGAGGCGGUACUGGAGGAACCGGAGGCGGUACUGGAGGUACCGGAGGCGGUACUGGAGGUACCGGAGGCGGUACUGGAGGUACCGGUGGCGGCACUGGAGGUACCGGUGGUGGUACUGGAGGCACUGGUGGUACUGGAGGCACUGGAGGCACUGGCGGUACUGGAGGUACUGGCGGCACUGGUGGUACCGGAGGCACUGGAGGUACUGGUGGUACUGGCGGCACAGGCACCGGUACUGGAACAGGCACUGGAACCGGAACAGGCACCGCAACAGGCACUGCCACUGGUACCGGCACUGGCACAGGCACCGGAACAGGCACCGGAACAGGCACUGGUACAGGAACUGGUACUGGUACUGGCACUGGCACUGGCACCACAGGCACAACCACAACUGCCACAACGACGCCUACUGGCACAACACCUACCACACCAACUACAACCCCCACCACACCAACAACGCCCACGACACCAACUACACCCACAACACCCACCACCCCUACAACACCAACAACACCAACAACACCGACGACACCCACAGUACCCACAGUACCAACUACCGGCACCACCAUUACACCAACCACAGCUCCUGCCACACCCGCCCCACCAGCUUUGGGUCACAAACACAAAUUUUUAAAUUUACUUUUUGGCGCUAUUUAUCCCUUCAAUUUAUUUCCGAACAGCAAUUGGAAGAAUUUAUGCUUGUGUCCCAAAGCAGGUGGGGCGGGUGUAGCUGGAGCUGGAGCUGUUGUGGGUGUAAUAAUGGUUCCGGUAGUUGGUAGUGUGGGUGUGGUAGGUGUUGUUGGUGUUGUGGGUGUAGUAGGUGUGGUAGGUGUAGUGGGAGUUGUUGGUGUUGUGGGUGUUGUUGGUGUGGUUGGGGUUGUAGUUGGUGUAGUGGGUGUUGUUGCAGUAGGCGUUGUUGCCGUUGUGGUUGUACCUGUGGUGCCCGUAGCAGUACCAGUACCAGUUCCUGUACCAGUGCCUGUUCCGGUGCCUGUUCCGGUGCCGGUACCAGUGGCAGUGCCUGUUGCUGUGCCUGUUCCGGUUCCAGUGCCAGUGCCUGUUCCAGUACCGGUUCCUGUGCCAGUACCACCAGUGCCACCAGUACCGCCAGUGCCUCCAGUACCGCCUGUACCACCAGUGCCGCCGGUACCGCCAGUGCCUCCAGUACCACCAGUGCCUCCGGUACCACCAGUGCCUCCGGUACCACCAGUGCCUCCAGUACCGCCAGUGCCUCCAGUACCGCCGGUACCACCACCGGUACCUCCGGUACCACCACCGGUACCUCCAGUGCCACCACCGGUACCUCCAGUACCACCACCUGUUCCGCCGGUACCUCCUCCAGUUCCUCCAGUACCGCCUCCGGUACCACCAGUGCCGCCUCCGGUACCACCAGUGCCGCCUCCUAAAGCUGGUGGGGCGGGUGUGGCUGGUGCUGUGGUUGUUGGGAUGAUGGUGCCGGUAGUUGGCAGUGUGGGUGUGGUUGGUGUUGUUGGUGUUGUAGGGGUAGUGGGUGUUGUGGGUGUAGUUGGUGUCGUGGGUGUUGUUGGUGUUGUUGGUGUCGUUGGUGUGGUUGGGGUUGUAGUUGGUGUCGUGGGUGUUGUUGCUGUAGGCGUUGUAGCCGUUGUGGUUGUGCCUGUGGUGCCAGUGGCAGUACCUGUUGCGGUGCCUGUUCCGGUUCCAGUGCCGGUGCCAGUUCCGGUACCAGUGCCUGUUCCGGUGCCGGUGCCGGUGCCGGUGCCAGUACCAGUACCAGUGGCAGUGCCUGUUGCGGUGCCUGUUCCGGUUCCAGUGCCGGUGCCAGUACCUCCUGUACCGCCAGUGCCUCCAGUACCACCAGUGCCGCCAGUACCUCCAGUACCGCCUGUGCCUCCAGUACCACCAGUGCCGCCAGUACCACCAGUGCCUCCAGUACCACCGGUACCACCUCCAGUACCGCCGGUACCACCUCCAGUACCGCCGGUACCUCCACCAGUUCCUCCGGUACCACCGCCAGUACCUCCGGUACCACCACCGGUACCUCCAGUGCCGCCUCCGGUACCACCAGUACCGCCACCGGUACCCCCAGUGCCGCCUCCGGUACCUCCAGUGCCGCCUCCAGUACCUCCGGUACCACCCGUUCCAUCCUGA